AUGGCACUCGCGGACAUCCUUCUUUUGGUUUGCCAUUUCCCAUACGCUCUCAACAUCUACCCAACCUUCUACCGAAAGAAUUUUUCUAUAAAACCCAUGUUUUUUUCAUUCAAUGUCAAACAUUUUCUCGGCGUCUGCUUCGUGGUUAGCCGUGGCUGUCUCGUUCUAAAGGUUCAGCGGCAUUCGGUCGCCGAUGCACGCUCGAUUACAGUGGGGCAAUUCGCGUGUGUUACUGUCGAUCAUCUUGAUCCUUUUCGAAACCGCACUGAGAUCGGAAUCCGCCAAAGGCAAGAACGGAAAGUGACGCAAACAGUGGUGGCAAUUAUCACCUGUCACAUCUUCACACAUUUUCCCUCAUGCUUACCAUUUGUGUGGGAUUUGGCUGAAUCAAUCUGGCAGUUUCUUUCAUUGGCACCGGUUGUGCCAAAUCAAAAAAUUCGUUACAUUUCGUCAAAUAUCAUCAACUCGGUUCUGCUGAAUGGAUCCCACAAACGUGCGCAAAGUCUUCUCGCUGAUCAUCGAUCAGCUGGCCGGCGAAAUCGUAAUUUGGUGAAGACACAAUAUUUCUUGUCUACUCCUACUCCUCUACUCUGG